CCAGCCGAGGCUUGCUGGGAGAUUCGCUGCCCAUGAUCAGCGCCUCUAAGGGCCGGACUGACUUGGAAGCGUCGUCGUGUUAGCUCGUCGAGAUCCUUGUCGCCAGCCCUUCCAGGAUCGAUAAUCUCUUAGAUCCGGCGUCUGAAGCGUUUGCACCAGUCGAGCGCCGACCUAGCGCCCCCAUCCGCGAAUCCCAAACGGCAGCAGCACCGGGAAUCUUGAAAAGGGCGAGCAAUAAGGGGUCGAGGUUUGAUAGAGCUGGUCCAGUCGAUAUACCGCCAAUUCAUGCUGCUACUCUAUCAAACAAGCCGCUGCAGCCACUGGGAGCGUUUGCCACGUGUUUGCGAGUCUUCUUCCUUUUUGAGUUCCAGCUGCAAUUUAUAGCUAACACGCCAGCGAGUCAUGCCUUUGCUCUCCAACGCAGGAGUCAUGGCUGUGGGACCGGGCAGCGCCGCACCUAUCACCGGCCGGCGGCCGCACGGCACGGCAUCGAAGAAAAUUUCAACGGGCUCCUUUCCUCUACCCAAUUUUGUCUUACAGGCAGGCUGUGGCGGCUUCACGGAGCAAAGGAAACGAAAGUGUCACGAGGCUAGGGGCCUCAUUUCAAAGACAAACGAAGUUUCAUGCUCAUACUGGUCUCUAGAUGGGGGUCAGUCUGCGACGAUGCAUGAUAUCUUUUAGUGACGAUCAGGUUCGUCUCAGUUCUGCGUCGCCUCCUGCGGCAUAUCAAGGUCUUCCAUGUCAGCCUUGUCCAGCAUUCUUGCAUAUCAUAAUCGACCACGAAUGAGAGCCAGACAUCGGUUCCAAGACGGCCUUUUUGCGGAGACAGUAUGUCAUUCGCGCGGCCAACUCCCUCCUCAGAAUAUGGAGUAUGCUUCUGUGGAUACGGUCUUGUUAGCUGAGCAGUCCGGGCCCUGACGGCUCCGUC